AUGGCGCCACGGACUAGGAGAUCCGCCGGUGUCGCUGAGGCUCUGGCUGCCGCAAAGGCUGCUCAAGAAAUCGAAGCUGAGGAGAAGCUUCAGACUGCGCAGGUCUCUGCUGAUCCUCCUAAGCGUGGUCGAGGCAGACCACGCAAGAGUCAGCCCUCAAUCCCCAUAGUUGUUGGUAGUGACUCUGCUUCUUCAGCUCCCACCCCGCUUGCCAGUACUUCGGAUGGUGAAUACUCUACUCCAGCCACUAGCAAUGCUGUUACGCCCGCACCUACCACCAAAGACGUUCCCGAUAUCCGUGCGCCUCUCCCCAAAUCUUCCAGCCUUCCCCGUCGAGGUCGCCUUACUCUUGAGUUUCCUGACGAGGAAACGGACGAAGAUGAUGACAAAACCAUAGCGAAGAAGAGUGCCCAAGCGUCCAGAUUAUCCAUCGUUAGCCGACCCAAGCGACAACGUCGCUCAAACGUCUCAUACCACGAGGACUCUGACGAGUAUAAUGAUCUUUAUGGAGAUGAUCAGUCCGCCAGUGCCAACCUUGCUCGCCAAUUACAGCGUGAGGAGGACCAGAAGGCCUCUAGAACAGGUCUUAGCAUCCCCAUUAAACGCAGUGUUCAUGCGUCUUCAUUCGCCAGCGACUCCGAAGACGAUCCCGUUAUUCUACGGUCAAGUAAAAGGUCAAAAGCAUCUGCUACUGAGCCUUCCAGUAGAACAAGUGCUUCUACAGUCGCAUUGGUCGAAAGCGAGGAUGAGGUUUCUGCUGCUGAAGUACCUGAUAGUUUGUCGGAUGAUGAGAGCUACAGUGAUCUAUCAGAAGCACCUGGAUUUGACACUGGUAACGACAAUGAGGAUGAGGAGGCAGAGCAAGCAGCCUCUAGAGCAGCCUCUAGAGUAGCCCCCAGUAGGCGUCGAGCCUCCGCCGCUGAGAGAAUACGGUCAUCUUAUAUGAAUACUCAUUACCCCCAUCUUAACAAAAGAGCCAGGAAUGAGAGACUGAAACUCGAGAAGAAUCAUCCAGUCCUUCAAACGAUGUGGACUGAUCUCGAGAACAUGCCAGAUUUGAACGCCGGUACAGCCGCACAACCUACCACAAUUUCUCUUCAGCUCAAGCCUUUCCAGCUUCAAGGCUUAGCAUGGAUGAAGGCAAUGGAGCAGACCCCGUGGCGUGGCGGUCUGCUUGGAGAUGAGAUGGGCCUCGGUAAGACGAUUCAGGCCGUGUCCCUUAUUAUGUCUGACUAUCCGGCCGCUGCCCCAACGCUGGUUCUUCUUCCACCUGUUGCUUUAGGACAGUGGCAAGAUGAGAUUGCCGCCUAUACUGGGGGUCUACUAAAGACGAUCGUCUUUCAUGGAACUAAUGCUAAAGCCAAGAACAUGUCGGCUAAAGACUUGAAGAAGUUUGAUGUCAUUAUCAUGUCCUACAACAGCCUUGAAUCCCUGUAUCGCAGACAAGAGAAAGGUAUCGUACGUAAAGAAGGGCUGUAUAGGGAGAAGAGUCCUAUACAUCAGAUUAAGUUCCAUCGUGUGAUUCUUGACGAAGCACAUUGCAUCAAGACACGUACUACGAUGACAGCUAGAGCCUGUUUCGCACUGAAAGUGUCAUACCGCUGGUGUCUGACCGGAACACCGCUGCAAAACCGCAUCGGAGAGUUCUUCUCCUUGAUCAGGUUCCUCGAGAUUGCGCCAUAUGCCUCUUACUUCUGCAAAGAAUGUAAAUGCUCAGCACUCGAGUGGUCUAUGGGUGAAGAUAGCAAGUGCACACACUGCAACCAUAACUCCAUGUCACAUGUCUCUGUCUUCAACCAAGAACUCUUGAACCCAAUUCAGAGAUAUGGCAACAACGGACCGGGUCGGGAAGCUUUUAAAAAGCUUCGCCUUCUAACUAAUCGUGUUAUGUUGCGCCGUCUCAAGAAGGAUCACACCAACGUCAUGGAGCUGCCUGUCAAGGAGAUCUAUGUCGAUCGGCAGUUUUUUGGCGAAGAGGAGAACGACUUCGCCGGGAGUAUCAUGUCUAACACUGAGCGGCAAUUCAAUACCUAUGUGGCUCAAGGUGUUCUUCUGAACAACUAUGCCAAUAUCUUCGGAUUGAUCAUGCAGAUGCGCCAAGUGGCCGACCACCCUGAUCUUAUCCUCAAAAAGUCUGAAGAAGGUGGACAGAAUAUUUUGGUGUGCUGCAUUUGCGACGAACCUGCCGAGGAAGCGAUUCGGUCCAAAUGUAAGCAUGACUUCUGUCGCCAAUGUGCAACUAGCUAUCUCGCGUCGCAAGAUGAGCCUGACUGCCCGCGAUGCCAUAUCCCGCUCUCCAUUGACCUGGAGCAGCCUAGCAUUGAGCAGGAUGAGCUGCUGCUCAAGAAAUCAUCCAUCAUCAACCGUAUCAAGAUGGAAAAUUGGACAUCAUCGUCCAAGAUCGAGUUGCUGGUUCACGAACUUCACAGACUGAGAUCCGACAAUGCAUCUCACAAGUCCAUCAUCUUCUCGCAGUUCACCACGAUGCUCCAGCUUAUCGAAUGGCGUCUCCGGCGAGCCGGAAUCACGACGGUCAUGUUGGAUGGCAGCAUGACACCAGCGCAGCGUCAAGCGUCUAUUAAACACUUUAUGGAAAAGCCCGAGGUGGAAUGCUUCCUCGUCUCUCUGAAGGCAGGUGGCGUCGCGUUGAACCUGACCGAGGCCUCACAGGUGUUUAUUGUUGACCCGUGGUGGAAUCCAGCUGCCGAAUGGCAAUCUGCUGAUCGAUGUCAUCGUAUUGGUCAGACUCGCCCGUGCACAAUUACACGUCUUUGCAUUGAAGACUCAGUGGAGAGUAGAAUGGUUCUUCUGCAAGAGAAGAAAACUCACAUGAUCCAUUCGACUAUCAACUCCGAUGAUGCAGCUAUGGAAUCCCUUACUGCUGCCGACCUGUCGUUCCUUUUCCGAGGAACGUAGUAAGGUUUGGUCACCUCAUCGCUGUCUGCAUCGUCGUUAGCGGUGUCGGAAGGAGUGAUCAGAAAUGUCCUGAAUUGUCAGGAGAUAUAUCGAUAUUUUCUCGGCGUGAAUUAAUUUUUUUGAUGGAAGAAUGAGAGAGAAAAAAAAAGGUCUAUUUGGUUGAGCAUAGGUGUUAUUAGACUGGAUUGUGCGUCAACGCUAUGGCAGGUAAAGAGGCGUUACACGAGUGGGAAUCUUCACAUCUUUCUGCAUUCUUUCCUCAUGAAUGACGAGGUUUCUGCCUAGCUUGAGAUGGCGAGCCUCUAUCUACGCUUGUCUUUUGCCUAUAAUCUUGCUAGAGAACGGCAGGCAUUCAAGAUGACCAGGUAGUGUGUGGGAUUACAGGACCACCAAAACUAUGCGACAAGAGGGCAUUGUAUUUUAGUUACCCACGCAGACCAAUGGCGCGGGAAGUGUAACGAAUACAGAUGAUUGAUAUCAGAAGCAACUAUCACUAAUAUUGCUGAGGUGCACAGG